CUGAUUUUGGGUGAAUUUGAAACCGUGGAUACAUAAAAAAAAUGAAUAAGUUUAUUUACUUCCUGCUUACAACUUAGGCGAAAGUUUAAAUGGAGAGCCAGGAAGAAAAUAAUAUAAUUAAACUCUCCCAAGCUAAAGUUCCAAGUACUCAUAAUUUCAAAUGCACUAAGUUUGAUCCGCUAUGGGUACAAGUAUUGAUUAAUUUGAGAAUGAAGCAUUCCAAAAUGUUUACAAGACGAAGAAAUUCUGCUUCAGAAGGAUGGAAACUAGUCUUUGAUGAAUUAAAAGAGUCUGGAGCCCCUGACUAUGUUACCAUCUCCAAAAUAAAGAAGAAAUGGAUGAAUUUGAUGACAAGAUAUAGACAAAUAAAAAAUACAACAAUGAAUUCUGACUGUAUAACUUGGCCUUAUUAUGAGCCCAUGAAUAAUGCCUUGGGAAAAGAUUUUGAUACUGAUGCAGAUCUAAGUAUUCCUGAUAAUUCAAUGAAUCAGUCAAUGACAAAUGAUGAGAAGCAAAAUUUCACUAAUAGAUUGAUAGAACUUCGAUGCACUCACAGACAUGUUUUCACUGGAAGGAAGUAUACUGCAAGAGAUGGUUGGUUAGUGAUACAAUCUAUGUUGGAUUGUCAAGGUAAAUAUUCCAUAAUUCAACUGAGCAAACUUUGGCAAAAUUUGGUGCAAAGAUUUAAGCAACUAUCAAAGAGCCAAUCAACAGAAAAAAUUUCCUGGCCCUACUUUGAAGCAAUGCAAAAAUGGUUUGAGAACAUUGGUCCAUCAGAAAAUAUGAUAGAAGAAAGUGGAGAGACUCCAGAAAUCACAAAAGUAGAGUGUGAAAUUAUAGAAAAAGAGGAUGAGGAUCAGAAUGAAAAAUUGGAACAAAAUUCGGGAAAUAGCAAUAAUGUAACACUGGAGUUGAUAAAAAUUCGGUUGCUUACUGACAUCAAAGUUGCACAGGAAAAAAAUUAUGACAAUAUUAUAAGCAGGCUGAACUAUAUCAGUAAACAGCUAGAAACAAUUAGGAGCAAUUUAGACAGAACCCCAGAAGCAGAUACUGUGGAAGACCUGUAAAUAAAAAUAAAGUGAUUUUUUGUAAUAUAUUGUUCAAUACCAGUACAUUCAACAAUUACCUACAUCACCACAUUCACACAUUUCGAUAUUUUCUAAAGCAUGAAGUGCAAAUUAAUCUACACCAUUUUGUUUCUCUAUAAAUUUGGAUACCUAAAUUUCUAGUGCUGACAGAGAUUCUUCAAUCUCUGAGACUUUUACUUCAGAAUACCUCUUCUUUAUCUCCUUCAAACACCAAUCAACAACUUUGACAGCUGCAUCUUUUUUCUUUCCUGACACUUUUUGACUGUUUAACAAUGCUGUAGUUGUCUGGAAAAGUCAGAGUAUCUCAAAAACUGUUGAAUAUGGACCAUACAGUAAGUUGCUUACCAAAUAACUUCCAUAUAAUGCUCUUAUAUUCUUGGGGUUGAGUUUGUAAGACUGAUUAUAGUAAGUUCUUGCUAAUUCAAUGUUUUCCAUUCCUCCCUGACUGUACCUUAUAUCAGCAUACCUUUGAUGCAAUAAAUGGUUGUGUGGAUUGUGCAGUAUGAGUUCUUCCACACAGAAUGCAGCUUUGCUAUAUUCAUGUUCUGAAAUAUAGAGUUCACUGAGUUCUUGCCAUGCUUCUACAUCUGCCAUGAAUCUGUAAAAAAUUAGAAGUGUUUCAGAGAAGUUUUAUAUUGAACCAAUUGAUAUUGUGAGUGCAUACAUUUUCAGGUAUUCUACCAAUUCUUUGAUAGCCUCAGUAUUCCUUCCAAGUGCCUUGCAAAUUGCAAUUUUUCUUUUUCUGGCAGCACUAUUAGUAAUAUCUUUUUUCACUAUAUCAUUCAAAAUCUGCAAGGCCCUGUUGAAGUUCUCAUCAGCCUCAUGAUACAUAGACUCUAGAAUUCUGAUUCUGGAACUGUUUGGAAAUUCUUUGUACAAUUCAUGGAUACACUUUUCUGCAAUCUUGAGUUGAUAGCAGUCAAUGGCUGCUAUACAUACUUGCUCUAAUA